AUGGAUGCAGGAAACCUCACCCAGUUCUCUGAAUUCCUCCUCCUGGGCCUCUCCGAGGACCCCCGGGAGCAGCAGCUGCUCUUCAUUCUCUUCCUGGUUAUGUACCUGGUCACGGUACUGGGCAACCUGCUCAUUAUCCUGGCCAUUGUCACAGACACCCGGCUCCACACCCCCAUGUACUUCUUCCUGGCCAACCUGGCCUUCGUGGACAUCUGCUUCACCUCCACUACCAUCCCCAAGAUGCUAGUCAACCACGUCACGGGGCACAGGGGGAUUCCGUAUGCUGGCUGCCUCACCCAGACGUACUUCUUCAUCUUGUUUGUUAGUCUUGACUGCUUCCUGCUGGGUGUCAUGGCCUAUGACCGCUACGAGGCCAUCUGCCACCCCCUGCACUAUGCCAUGUCUGUGACACCCCAGGUCUGCAGCCUCCUAGUGGGGGCAUCCUGGACGACGUCAUUUGGGAAUUCCUUGGUGCACAUCAUACUAUUGAACCGUCUCUCAUUCUGUACCCACAACCAGGUGCAAAAUUUCUUCUGUGAACUCAGCACUCUGCUAAACUUGGCCUGCUCUGACACCCACCUCAACAACGUCGUGUCGAAUUCUGAGGGUUCCUUGACGGUUGUCCUCCCCUUCAUGGGCAUCUUGAUCUCAUAUUUGCUCAUCUUCUCAACCGUAAUGCGAAUCCCAUCCAAGACAGGCCGGCAGAAGGCUUUUUCCACCUGCAGCUCCCACCUCUCCGUGGUGUGUCUCUUCUACGGGACCAUCAUCGCGGUGUAUUUUACCCCCUCGUCUUCCGAGGAGACCCAGGGGAAAACAGUGGCUGCGGUGAUGUACACAGUGGUGACCCCUAUGAUGAAUCCUUUUAUCUACAGCCUCCGGAACAAGGACAUGAAAGGCGCAUUCAGGUCCCUUGUCAGUAGGAAGCCUGUUUUUACCCAAUGA